CAGGAAGCAAGGGCUUUAAUGACGAUGGCUUCAGUAACAGAUGCCAGAUACAGACAGAAAGAUACUUCAGAUCAAAAUUUUGAUUACAUGUUCAAACUCCUGAUCAUUGGCAACAGCAGUGUGGGCAAAACAUCCUUCCUCUUCAGAUACGCUGAUGACACUUUCACACCAGCCUUCGUUAGCACGGUAGGAAUUGACUUCAAGGUGAAAACAGUUUAUAGGAAUGACAAGCGGGUGAAACUGCAGAUUUGGGAUACAGCUGGACAAGAAAGAUACAGGACCAUCACUACAGCCUACUACCGAGGAGCCAUGGGCUUCAUCCUCAUGUAUGAUAUCACCAGUGAAGACUCCUUCAAUGCAGUGCAGGACUGGGCCACACAAAUCAAGACUUACUCCUGGGACAAUGCACAAGUGAUCCUGGUCGGAAACAAAUGUGACAUGGAGGAUGAAAGAAUUGUUCCCGUGGAGAAGGGGAAACAUCUGGCGGAUCAGCUAGGUUUUGACUAUUUUGAAGCUAGUGCCAAAGAAAACAUCAAUGUAAGGCAGGUGUUUGAGCGUCUUGUGGAUAUAAUCUGUGAAAAGAUGUCGGAGAGUAUAGAAUCAGACCCUUCCAGGGGCACUUCAGGAAGGAGCAUGCGACUCACAGACAACCCACCCCCUUCGCAGCAGAACUGCUCGUGCUAG